UUAGUAUUUACUUUUAAUGACUCACUUCAUAGAUGUUUAGUAUUUUCUAAAUUUAAUUUUUACAAGUAAGUAUUUUCAUAUAUUUUAUUGAUAAAUUUAAAAUGACGACGAGAGUGGUGGAGAAACAGAUGCUGAGCUGCAAAUCUCGAGGUCCUGGACCGGCGUACAAGCUGCCACCGGUGCUGGGCUACGAAAAACACGAUCUCUCGCGCAGAAGAAACCCUGCAUUCACCAUCAUAUCUCGGCACGAUGAAAAACUCCACGUUACUCCAGGUCCAGGUCCGAAUAGAUACAACACCUACCAUUUAACGCGCCAAGGUCCAGAGAAACCGCCGUCUUUUUCCAUCGCCGGACGCGCUCCGUUUGUUGUCAUCGGAUCUGGACCAGGUCCUGGAGCAUAUCAUCCAGAAACGUGUCCUCUAAUCAACCACAGCCGCAGACCUCCAUCAUUUUCCAUCCAAACGAGAUUCAAACCAAAUCAUUUGUCAUCAGAUGGACCUGGGCCUAAUUCCUACCUCGUUCCUUCAUGUCUGGGACCUAAAAUUCCCCAUAAAAAAACUUGUGGAGCAUUUUCUAUAAAAGGAAGAACAUCAGAUUUGAGCAAAACUUCAGGACCAGGACCCGCCGAUUACGGGAAUCCAAAUUACAACGUAGUAAAAAAACAGUAUCCAUCAUUUUCACUGAAAUUUCGUCAACGUGCGCUGAGUAAUGCCAGCAGCGGACCAGGUCCAAUGUACAAUCCAACUUACAGACCAGGAAAAAAACCCCCGGCGUUCUCAUUUGGGAUUCGCCAUAGCGAGUGUGAAGCUUUACCUCGUACUGACAUGAACAAUUAAUAAAAUAUACACAAAUUUAAACACCUCUGUUAAUUUUUAAAUCAU